AAAUCUCCCACAUUUUCUCUUCCACUUUGCUCUUUUAUCCGUUUGUAUACAAUUUUCAUGGCAGAUGAGAGCACGAAUUCGUGAUGAUGGAGCCGAAACCCCCACACCCACUUCACCAAAUCGCAGAAACGCCGACUCACAAGUUGCUCCUGAAGCAAUGGCUCAAAGGAGAAGAGUUGGUCCUCAACAGGGUAGCCCUGAAGGAGACCCAGAUUGAUUCUGUCCGUGAAGAAAUCAUGCAGCUCUAUAUCUUCUUCUUCCUCUUCCACUCCAUCGCGCUCCUUCUCCUCUUCAAUUCCUCCUCUAGGGAACCUCCCACGGGGGCCUGCCACAGGUCAUGGAUCCCAUCACUCUGUUCACUUCUCUUCUCCAUGGGGAUAAUCUGGGCUGUGCGGUACAAGAUGGAUGUUGAAGAGCAUUUGGAGAAGAUGCUGGAGAGGGAGAAAGAGGAUGGGAAGUUGUUGGGGAAGUGUGCGGAGGAAUUGAAGAAAAAGGGUGUAGAGUUUGAUUUGUUGAAGGAGGUGAAUGACGCUGAGGAGGGCCAAGAGUAUGAGAAUGGUGGAGAAGGUUGUGAGGAAAUGGUCUAGUAGGGAUUUUGUGUCGUUAUUCUGCUUCACCGUGUCAUGUUUGGUUCUUGGAUUGACAAGGGUGAUUUUGUGUGGUUGAACUUCAAGCGAAUUUGGGAUUUUUGGGGAGCUUGAUGGGUACAACCUUGCAUGAUUUUGGAAACCAGGUAUGGUUUCCUACUUGUUUUUUAUGGGAUCUUUGGCAGGAGGAUUUAUAUGGAUAGAUAAUUUGUUUUUAGGUUUGGAAAUUAGAAGCAAGUGUAGAAUACUCUAUUCUGCUUUUGUAAUUUGUAAUUAGAAGAAUGUGAUUUAUAUGGAUAUAUGUUUAAAAUUUUAGAAAAUUUCCUUUAUUUUUCUCCUCUUUGUGCAACUAAAUGACAAAAAAUAAAAUUCGAACAUGAGGGCCUUGGUUGGUUUGAUGAAAGGGAAGACGAUUUCAUCUAAUUAAAUAGUUUUCUUGCAAAGAGAAUGUUGGCCUAAUGACUUAAUCUGAUUGGUUGAAAUAGUUCCCCCCUCUCAAACCAAACGUGUCCACAGUAGGAAUAAUAACCAAGAAACAAAAAUUUUAUCAUGUGAAAAACCCCAAAGGGGAAAAAACCCUGGAACCUAAUGCAGGUAAAGACGUCCACCAUGAGAUAACAUUCUUACAAAAUUUCUACUCUAGUAGGACUAGAGACUUACAACAAUAAUGAAAUCUUCUCACCCAAUGAAUGCCAAAACAAAUGCAGCUACUGCACAUUCUUUUGCAGAAGUCUUUUUGAGGUAUCAAGAUGACCUGAGAAUUAUGUCAGAAAUAAGAACAAAACAAAAUCAAGAGCCUUGAAAUUGGAACCCAAAAGAUUUGCCAUUAAGAGAAACUCCUCUGACAAUUUGACAACUCAACAGCUUUAUUUAUGAACUCCGAGUGGCAUUUGAUAAUAUUUGAUUUUCCUUCCACAAGCAGAUGCUGUAGUAGAUCUCCAACAACACUAAGUUCAUGUGCUUCAAUUCCUGGGUAGACAAUACUGGG